AGGGCGUGGCUGCGGCCAAGGCUCCCAGCGGCGUUGGGGGGGCGAGGGAGCUGGCAGCAUGGAGGCGCCGCUGUUGCCGCGCGAGUCCGCGAGGUUCGUGGCCGAGAACAGUCGUGACGUGCUCGUGGACCUCGAGGGCGUGCGCAGGGCGGCCGAGCUGCUGCUGCCCGCGGCCUCGGCGUGGCGUGUGGAGCAGUGGAAGUCCCUGCACGAGCUCAACCCGCGCAGGGCCGACGAGGCGGCGCUCGACUGGGUCUUCGUGGUGGACUCGCUCAACUUCUCCUUCUGGGCGGAGCAGGAGGAGCACAAGUGUGAGGUGCGCUACGGAGGAACAGCAUACACCGGCUACUGGGCCCUGUGCGCCGCCGUGAACCGGGCGCUCGACCAAGGGAUACCAGUAACCAGCGCCUCCUACUAUGCCACCGUGACUCUUGAUCAAGUUCGGGAUAUAUUCCGUUCAGAUACCUCCGUGCCCAUGCCCUUAAUAGAAGAGCGGCAUCGGAUUCUCAAUGAAACUGGGAAGAUUCUGCUGGAGAAGUUCGGCGGCUCUUUUCUUAAUUGUGUCCAAAAAAGUGAAAAGAGUGCACAGAGGUUAAUGCACUUGGUCGUUGAACAUUUUCCUUCUUACAGAGACGAGGCACAGUUUGAGGGGAAAAGGGUUGCCUUUUACAAGCGAGCCCAGAUCCUUGUGGCAGACACAUGGAGUGUGCUGGAAGGAAAGGGGGAUGGCUGUUUUGAGGACAUCUCCAGCAUCACCAUGUUUGCUGACUACAGACUGCCGCAGAUUCUCGUUUACCUUGGAGCCCUGAAAUACUCCGACAAGUUGCUGGAGAAGCUUCGCAAAGGAGAAAUGCUCUCAAAUGGAGACAAACAAGAGGUGGAAAUUAGAGGUUGCUCGAUUUGGUGUGUCGAGCUCAUCCGGGACUCUCUUCUGGAGCUUCUUGAAGAAAGGGGUGAAAAGCCUCAGGGUGAGAUCAACUCCAUUCUUCUGGAUUAUCACUUGUGGGACUAUGCCCGCGACCACAGGGACCACAUGAGAGCAGUCCCGUUUCACCGUACCCGCUGCGUUUAUUACUGACCUGCGUGUGGACGGAUCCAGGGGAAAGACUUGCACUUUUAGAUCUUGCGGUCAUUUGCACAGUUUUGAUUUGAUAGAAAGACAAAAAUUAUAGGAAUAGGUAAUUGACUAUC